CGCGGGUCGGUCGUCUUCCAAACUGUUUAUUUUAAAUUUAUUUCCUCCUGUAACGGAUAAAUUUCAGUUCAAGAGUUAAGACAUUUUCACAACUUCAACCAAGAUGAUAGAAGUGGUGGCCUCCAUGGCUCGGGGGCCUGUGUUUCUGGCCGGAGAGAUGCUGGAAUGUCACAUCACCUUUACUAACCCGAUGUCCCACCUCUCUACCAGUGCGAGCAGUGAGAUGCUUGCAUGGGCAAGUGCUCAGAUCCACUGCCAGUUUCAUGCCAGCGAGAACCGGGUGGCUCUACCAACUCAGGGCACCAAGCAGGAUGUGCAGGCUGAGAACGACACUGUACUUAUCCCCAGCAGAGGAGAGAGAGGACAGUGCAUGCUGGACACUCCUCCAAAGAUUCUGUUCUGUGACCUUCGGCUAGACCCUGGAGAGAGCAAAACCUACUCUUAUAGUGAACUUGUUCCCACGGACGGGCCUCCAAGUUUUCGAGGUCAGGCGGUGAAAUAUGUGUACAAGCUGACAAUUGGCUGUCAGAGAGUGAACUCUCCCAUCAAGCUCCUGCGUGUUCCCUUCAGAGUGCUUGUGCUGCAUGGCAUGCCAGAGCCCCCUUUUCUACAGGAUGAGGAGGUAUCACCCACAAACCCUUUUCUGGAAGAGGAGGAGGGAGGGAGGAGAGACACAGGACCACUGGAGCGAGCACUAGACAUGCUGAUGACCACCACAUCACGCCGCUGUCCACAUCUGUUUAACAUUACCAACAUGCGAGGGAAGGUGGCCAAGUUCUGUAUCUUUAAGACUGUAUACAGACUAGGAGAGGAUAUUGUUGGCACAUUCACUUUUUCAGCAGGAGAUAUUCCAUGUUUACAGUACUCAGUGAGUCUACAGAGUGAGGAGGAGGUUCAUGAGCAGUAUCAGAGACGGCCAGCUCAGGCGGUCAGUGUUACCGGUCAUGGUCGACAUCUGGAGUCCUGCUUGCACACUGCCUCCAGCUACUUCUCUCUGCCUGUUCCCCUUAAUGUAACUCCUGGCUUCAGCACAGAUAUUGUAACGUUAAGGUGGCGUCUACAUUUUGAGUUUGUUACCGCGAGAGAACCUGUGGAGCUGCCCACCGUCCUUCAGAACCAGGCAGAAGUCACUGUGUGGACAGGUGCAGAACACGUGGACGUGGACACCUUCAGUUGGGACCUACCAAUCAAAGUGCUCCCCACCAAUCCUGCGCUAGUUUCCUAUGUUUCCCAGUUUACAGGGACCAACAGCAUCAAUAUCUGAUUUAAGAGUGCAUUUAUAGAUCUUAAACCAAGACAGUUUGGUGCGUGUUUAUCUUUUUCAUCUGGAUUUCCAGAUCCAAACCAGAAGCUUCUGGUCAUUUUAUUUCUUUUUAUCUUUGGCAGGGAGUCUGUGAAAUGUGUAUAUGUCAAGCUAAGCUAAACCCUUUUAACAUUUCAGACAUGACCAAACCAGAUCUGUUUCAUAUUUAUUGUUUUUCAGCUCUAUUGCUCUAUUUUUAUAUGCAAAUGCUUCUAAUCCUCAGUGUACUUUUUCUGUUUGUGAAAAGCUGGUUCUCUAUUUUAAAAAGGCAAAUAAAAAAGUGGAAUCACACUAAUCAA